UAUAAGAGUUGUUAUUCGAAAAUUUCUCCAAGAUUUUGAAUCCAGAGAAAAUUUGUAUCCGUCGGUCAUUUGCGGAACAUGUCGCGCGUCGUGUGGAGAGUUCAGCAAGGGAGGUACAAGGGUCCCCAGGAUUCGAAGUUACAAGCUCGAAAAUUCAAUCAUCACGCGAUCUCAAGGAAUGUGCAAAUGUGAGAUUUGUGUUGCUGCCGGUAUACAUGAGGGCAGAAGCAACCUGCCUGGUUUUGAACCCAAGAAACUCAAGCGCGGAAGACCCAGGUCCAGUCCAGACACAGAAGACAUUGAUGGGUGUAAAGCGGUGGUAAUUUGUAAAACUUGCUACAGUGAAUACGGAAGAGGAAAAAGGCACCAUUGCACUCAAUCCACCCGAGCGUCGAAUUUGAAAAUCAUUUUUUUGAAUAAUGGAGAGCCCUCGUCAAGCUCAGCGGAUGCGGCAGUAGCUGACUAUAUGCGUUCAAAGCCAGAUUCACCAGGUAAAACUAUAUUUUAAAAUAAUCACCUGCAGUGAUGGUUUGAAUCAUUUGACUUAUUUUUGAAUCAUUUGGUUAUAACUUCUUUUGAAAACAUUUUUCCAUGAAAUGAUGUUCUAAACUUUAGUAGAUACAGAUCUAAGCUACAACUUUCUUGUAUGUCAUAAAUAUGUAUCUUCAAUGUGGUAUGAAUUGUAGGAUUUAAUCCAACCCGCUAAUCCAAAUGAUUGUGAUUACGAUCAUUGCUCAAAAAUAUAAACUUUUCGAUUUCUCAUUCAUAAGGCAUAAGAGAUACAGGUUUGUGUUGGUCACAAAAGUUGCAGCUAAGGUCUAGUUCUACUAAAGUUUAGAACAUCAUUUCUGGGAAAAAUGUUUUCAAAAGAAGUUAUAAGCAAAUGAUUCAAAAUUAAGUCAAAUGAUUCAAACCAUCACUGAUCACCUGAUUUAAAAAAUCCAAAAAAAAAAAAAAUAUUUUAUCCAUCAAGAUGGAAAAUGUGUUCUGCGAAAUCUUCGUGGAAGACCGUCUGUAUUCGAGAAAGUUUCAACUUGUCCAGAACCUCCCAAAAAACUACGUGCAGAUGAUUUGUUUAAGGUCAAAGGCGAAAACAAUCUAAGCAUGAGGAAAACAAUGGGUAAUUAGUAUUUUAUUCAUAACAAUGGUUGUUUUAUAUAAUCUAUCUAUUAUCUAGGUGUGAUUAAAAGUAUUCGAGCUUCUGGAGUCGAUAUAGAAUCUGGAGUGCGGUUGAAAUUGAUUGAAAUGAACCGGCAGCUUAAAGACUUGUUUGAUGUAGUUCAGUUGUCCAGCAUCACAGGAAAUGUAGCACCUUCGUCAGAUCAUGUUGUUGCAUAUUGCACUGAUGUACCGGAACUCAUUAACCGUAUCAAACGUUCAAGACCACCUGUUGAUGAUUUUGUGGUGAAAAUAGGAAUUGAUGGGGGUAGGAGCUUCUUCAAGAUAACGUUAUCUGUGAUCUCUCCGCAAAUGGAACAUCUGGCUGGCUUCAAGGAUGGCGGCGUGAAGAAGCUUUUCAUCAUUGCACUUUCACCAAAUCUCGCUGAAAAGUAUGACAAUAUUUCCCCCGUUUGGACGAAACUUCUCAAAUUACACGAGCUCGAAUACUUGGUUGCUGGGGACCUCAAGAUUAUAAAUAUUAUAAUUGGCAUAAUGGCCCACUCUUCGAAGAAUCCAUGUCCAUACUGUGAGGCUUUAAAGAGCGAGCUCGGUGUAGCAAACGGAACCGCGAGAACCAAAGGAAGUAUAAACGAAAAUUGCACAAGAAAAAAGAAAUUGAAUGGAAAGAACUUCGCAAGCUGCGUGAAUGCCCCGUUGGUCUCGGGUAGUGAUGAAGACAAAAUCGUGAACCUUUGCCCGCCUCCACCGUUACAUAUAACGCUUGGAAUUAUUAAUACAAUUUUUAAGUCACUUGAGAAGAAAGCACCAGACUGGGUAGACUUAUGGGUGGAACAAGCACAGGUGAGACACCAACAGAUGACGUACGGUUUCACCGGAAGAGCUUGCCACGCGCUAUUGGAUGCUACCAAUUGUUUGGCAGACAACCCUGAACUUUCAGAUUACGUUACGGUUCUGAAUAACUUCAAAAACGUGUAUGCAAAAUGCUUUUCCUUUAAACUCGAGCAUGGGUUUGAGGAGGCUAUUGCAGAUUUUGCCAGCAGCUGGGAGAAGCUGAAUCUUCCAUUCACAUCUAAAUAUCACAUUACAAAGUACCAUGUGGCGGAUUUCUGUCGAGAAGCCGGAAGAGGACUUGGGCUUCACAAUGAGCAAGCCUCCGAAUCCGUACAUGCUGAUUUUGAUGUGAUUUGGCAGCGAUAUAAAGCUCCCAAAUCAUCAAAGGUUUAUAACGACCGUUUGUUAAACUCUUUAAUUGAUUACAACAGCAACCAUAUGUGUUAGUUUUGAGUUUUUAAUAUGUUCCAUUCAUUAUUUUUAGUUGUAUUGCUGUUUUAUAGUUUACUUUUACUUUUUACUAUUUCACUGUUUCCUUUUCCUACUAACCAAUAAAAGCACCACUGAUUUGAAAUUCAUUUUCCCCCAUAACUUCACGGAAACAAUAAUUUAAACUAAACUUAAACCCCUAAUAAACCAUACUUAUAAUACACUUAAGCCAUGUUUGGAGAGUUAAGUCAGUUGUAAAUAAUCAUAAUUUUAUCAACGGCAACAAAUACAUACUGGUUGGAAAUGACUUGGACCACUUUUUUGACGUUUUUGGAGGUUUUUUGAUGAUAUUGAAUAAUUUGAAUAUGAAUUAUUUUGAAAUUUCUCAACAAAAACCUUAAAAUCAAGAUUUCUCGGAUUUUCU